CCCACAGUGGAGACGGAGAGGAGGUCAGAUGUUGAACGUACGAUAGCGCUCAAUAAUGGCCCAGCGGUGGCUAUUGAAUUUAAACACAGCAUUAAAUACUUGAUGAUAUUUUUAAUUACAGGGUUAGUGUGUCGCUUUUUGCAUUCACACGGUGUUUUACUGCGUCUUGAGCUCUCAGGGUGUUCGUCUCUAGUACGUAAACAAACAUGACCGCUACCAUUUCCAGGCAGAGGCACGCCGCAGUCGCUGCAGACUCUUCUGGCUCUUCUUUUUCCAUUACAGCAAACCUCCUGCAACUUUCAAAACACAUCAAAUAUGAGAAUCUUGCAGCCGGACUCGCUGGUGGUGUUAUUUCCACAAUGGUGCUACAUCCAUUGGAUUUGAUCAAAAUCAGGUUUGCAGUAAGUGAUGGUCUGAAAAUGAGGCCCCAAUACGAUGGCAUGUUAGACUGCAUGAAGACCAUCUGGAAGCUGGAAGGCAUUAGAGGUCUCUAUCAGGGAGUGACGCCCAACAUCUGGGGGGCCGGAUCAUCAUGGGGCCUCUACUUCCUCUUUUAUAAUGCUAUUAAAGCAUACACACAGGAGGGACGGCAAACAGAGCUGAGUGCAUGUGAACACCUGGUGUCCGCAGCGGAGGCAGGCAUUCUGACGCUUUGCCUCACCAAUCCAGUCUGGGUGACAAAGACCCGGCUGGUGCUGCAGUACAAUGCAGACCCUUCACGGAAGCAGUACAAGGGAAUGAUGGACGCCCUCGUGAAAAUAUACCGUCACGAGGGUAUCCCAGGACUAUACAGGGGUUUUGUGCCUGGGCUGGUCGGGACUUCCCAUGCUGCACUGCAGUUCAUGACCUAUGAAGGGCUAAAAAGAGAGCAGAACAAAUGCAAGAAGAUGCCCUCUGAAUCCCUGCUGUCCCCAUUGGAAUACAUCGCCAUAGCAGCCAUAUCCAAAAUAUUCGCUGUAGCAGUAACAUACCCCUAUCAGGUGGUCCGCGCUCGCCUGCAGGACCAGCACAACAACUACAGUGGAAUAGUGGAUGUCAUGAGAAGGACCUGGAGCAACGAAGGGGUGGAGGGCUUUUACAAAGGGAUGGUGCCAAACCUGGUCCGAGUCAUUCCUGCGUGCUGCAUCACCUUCCUGGUGUUCGAAAAUGUGUCACGCUUGCUUUUGGGCGAGUAUCACUAAACCUUUGGGAAUCAAAAGUGGGACCAACACAAGGCAAUGUGCCGGGACUAUGUAUGUACGUAUGUGUGUGUUUGUGUAUUAGAAGGAGGAGCAGGAAUAUCAAACAUUUCCUGUUUAACUCUGAACUCAACGGGCAGACAAAAACUAGAAUUUAGCGUAUGCCCCGAAUAAAAAGAAGUGGUGCAUAUAUUUGAGAUUUAAAGGGAUAGUUCACCCAAAAAUGAAAAUUCUGUCAUCAUUUAAUCACUCUUUACUUGGUUCAAACCUGUUUGAGUUUCUUUCGUAAAUUAAACACAAAGAGGUUGUUCUGAAGAAAGCUGGAAACCCGUAAACAUUGAUUUCUGUAUUAGUUUUUUCCUACUAUGUAUGUUUAUGGUUACAAAUGUUGACUUUCUUCAAAAUAUCUUCUUUAAUAAACAGAAGCAAGAAGUUUAUAAAGGUUUAUAACCACUUUAGGGUGAGUAAAUUUUCAUAUUGCGUGAAUCUCCCUUUAAGAGUAGUUGUACCUAAGUUAAAGGGAUAGUUCACCCAAAAAUGAAAAUUCUGUCAUUAUUUACUCACUCUUUACUUGUUUCAAAAAUGAUGAUGUUCUGAAGAAAGCUAAAACACUGUAACCAUUGAUUUCUCUAUUAGUUUUUUUACUAUGUAUGUCUAUGGUUGCAAAUGUUGGCUUUUUAAAAAUAUCUUCUUUGAUAAACAGAAAAAAAUAAAUUUAUAAAGGUUUAUAACCACUUUAGAGUGCAGUAAAUUUUCAUUUUGAGUGAACGAUGCCUUUAAGAGUUGUUGUACUAUUGAGUUAAAGGGAUAGUUCACCCAAAACAUGAAAAUCCUGUCAUCAUUUAAUCACUCUUUACUUGUUUCAAACCUGUUUGAGUUUCUUCUUAAAUUAAACACGAACACGAUAUUCUGCAGAAAGCUGGAAACCUGUAAUCAUUGAUUUCUGUAUUUGUUUUUUUGUUUGUUUGUUUUUUUGUAUGUUUAUGGUUACAAAUGUUGGCUUUCUUGAAAAUAUCUUCUUUAACAGACAUAAGAAAGAAGUUUAUAAGAUUUAUAACCACUUUAGGUUGAGUAAAUUUUCAUUUUGCGUGAACUAUCCCUUUAAGAAUUGUUGUACUGUAGUUAAAGGAAUAGUUCACCCAAAAAUGAAAAUUCUGUCAUCAUUUACUCACUCUUUACUUGUUUUAAACCAGUUUGAGUUUCUUUCUUAAAUUAAACACAGAGGUUGUUCUGAAGAAAGCUGGAAACCUGUAUUUAUUGAUUUCUGUAUUAGUUUGUUUUACUAUGUAUGUCUAUGCUUACAAAUGUUGGCUUUCUUCAAAAUAUCUUCUUUAAUAAACAGAAGAAAGAAAUUCAUAAAGGUUUUUAACCACUUGAGGGUGAGUAAAGUUUCAUUUUGCGUGAACUGUCCCUUUAAGAGUUGUUGUAUUGUUGAUUUAAAGGGAUAGUUCACCCAAAAUGAAAAUUCUGUCAUCGUUUACUCACUCUUUACUUGUUUUAAACCAGUUUGAGUUUCUUUUUAAAAUAAAACACAAAGACGAUGCUUUUAAGAAAGCUGUAAACCUGUAAACAUUAAUUUCCGCAUUAGUUUUUCUACUAUGUAUAUCUAUGCUUCCAAAUGUUGGCUUUCUUCAUAAUAUCUUCUUUAAUAAACAAAAGAAAGAAAUUCAUAAAGGUUUAUAACCACUUGAGGAUGAGUACAUUUUCAUUUUGCACAAACUAUUCCUUUAAGAGUUAUUGUAUUGUUAAGUUAGAGGGAUAGUUCACCCAAAAAUGAAAAUUUACUCACUGUAAACUUAAAGAGUUUUAUUUUUCAGAAGAUAUUUUGAGAACUGGAAACCAUUGACAUCCAUAGUAAGAAAGAAAUCAAUAAUGGAAGUCAAUUAAACCUUAUUCUAAAGAAAGCUCAAAACAGUUUUGAAACAAGUAGAUCAAGUAUGACUGAAUAAAUGUAUCUCUUUAUGAAAAACGUCUUGAUUUUAUCUUAGAGAUUUAUGAAUAAUCACCUAUGAAGAAGAUUUAAGUUGAUUUUAAACAGUGAAUGACACGUGGAUUGAAGCCAUCUCAUGACAAUGCAACCAAACACAGUAUUCGCCAAACAUGUGUUCAUCUUUUUUUACGGAAUUUUCACAAAACAGCUGCUAUAUUUGCUGAGCUAUGCGAGAGAAUGAACGGGAUUUCCUUCACCCACUAAGCAAACCUCCGCUGGCUGUUGUGCCGGGGUCAACGAAAAACCUCACUAGGCUGCUCAGGAAAUGAUGUAACGCUAUGGGAUAAUGGCACACAGGCCUGAGAGAAACUGAUACUGCAGAGCAGAAGCAUAUUUUAACCAGAUGUGUAGAGAUGCCAUCUACUGGAAGAGAGGAACAGGAAAGACGAAUAUGAAAGAAGUAGCAACUGAAAGGCAAUUGUGUAUGUAUAUAUAAAUGUGCUGUUGUAUAAGCCAUUUUUACACAUCUAAUAAAGAAUUAUAUGUUACAGACA